CUGAUUUUUUUUCACUCGCAUAAAGUACUCUAUUUAACACGUUCAUCGAAACGUGUUCUUUAAAAUUUACAUUUAAUUAAUAGAACAAGAAAUUUCUCGUUAAAUAAUGGACAGAUAUUUUAUUAUUGUCGUCGAAGAUAUUGACAGAAAAAGUGAAAUAGUCAAAUGGGAAAUGAUUUUAAAAUCGUGAAGGAUUACCAGAAUUUAAUGGUAAAAUCUACUAGAGCUCCAAAUGCAGGUCCCAUACUGCAAAACCAUCAUUCUGUCACGUGGGCCAUUUGUGUGGCAAAAUCUCAAACAAUGUUUAAAGGUUUGGGAGUUGAUGCAUUUCAAGAAUUUCUUUCCAGCAGUUUUAUUGCAGACAUACCCUGUGAGGUAUGGGAUGGCAAAGUUUUCAACAACUUAAAAAAUUAUGCUGUUGACAUUAUCCUACAAAUGGAAGAUUGUCCUGAAUUCUGGAAAUCUUUCAAUCCUUCCAACAAUGUAAAAAUUUUUCAUAAGCCAGAAACAUCUUUAACACCUACAGCUUUAAACCAUCAACUAUUUUGGGGUGGAUCUGUGAAAAUGAGAGACCCUCAUAAUCCUUCCAAUUUUGGACAUCUUGAGCAUGCUGAAUUAAGCUAUGGCUUUGACCAGCUGGACCUUCUCACUAGUCAAAUACGAGAAGAAAAUUUUCCUUUUAUUGCAACACGGAAGAAGACGUUUUGCUCCUUUUUGGAAUUGGUGAGCUCCUUUGAUGCCAACACCGUGCCCUUCGUUUUCUAUACGUCAACAUCUUUGGUGCUGACCGUGCAAGACGCAGAUCCGUUUUGGAAAGCAAUGGAUGAAAAACAGGUUUCGUUUUUUAUAUUCCGCCUUGACUUCGCAACCGAAGAAACAGAACACCGGGGAAAGGAAACGGGAAUGAAAUCCCUUUACUUUUUGAGCCAUUGGAGUGACGACGUGUUGCGACUUUAUUUGUUGAAAGGAGCCGAUCAGCUACAGAAUCUGGCCAAUAUAUUUGUCGGACUCCAUCACUCCACUUCUUUUUCUUCCGUCUCCAAGGUAUACCCUUCAGAGUUACCCGUCAAUCCACCCACUUCGACCGACCACCUGCGGAUGGAUCGAUUGGAAAAAGAAAUUCGUCGCUUGCAAUUGCACGCGCUCCAAGACUGGAUCAAAGAGAACGGAGCUAUUGACUUAUCAACGAUGAAUGAACUUCUGGAUGAAGUAGCCGUGGCCGUGGCAAAGGAACACCAUCGAUUUACCGUCAAGGCGAUACCUGAAAGAACCGACUGGCCCGAAUUUUCAGAAGCGGAACUUUUGAAAUGGAAGUUGGAGAAGAAGAUGACGUCUGAAGGUGACCGGCCUGCCACAAUGAACAACCGUUUACUGCAACCCGGUUGCAACGGUCGCGUCAUUUCGGUCGACGUCAAUAGUUUGCUGCGGUGCUUCAACAGGAAGCAGCAACCCAGUCGUACUCCGAAAAAGGUGCGGGCUUCCGAAUGUGACGCCGCCACGCGAUUGAAACCUUCGUGCGAUGCCGAAACCGCUCGAACGACCGAAUGGCCCAAGAGUGCUGCCUUGAAAUUCCCCGGAAUUCAUUACAACCUUUCCGUGGAAGACGAGAAAGCCGAAAAGCAGCGAUCGGAAUUCCAGGACAAGUGGGUGCCUUUAGAGACGGCCUCUGCAACGUGGUGUAACCCAUGGUCGGUCAACAGUUCGACUUCCUAUCAGUUGUCGAUCAAAACUCGUCCGCCGGCUCCGGCUGCCGCUGAGCCUCCCGUUGCCUCUCGGGCCCCUCGAACGCCGAAGAAGAACCAACAACAACCUCGUGACCUGGCCCAGCUUCGCAAGUCACCCCGGCUCCUGGCCAAAAGUGGCGGUCCGCCGACUCGGGCGAGUAAGCGAACGCCUUCCAAGAAAAACACCAACGGGUCUGCUGCUGCUGCUGGAGCGUCAGCAGCUUUCCCAAAGGACACAUUUAAGCAACAGCUGAAGGCCGUCAUCAUUAAAGUUUUGGGAGAUCAGAAGAUAACGACCAAAGACCCGCUCUUCCGCACCUGCGCCAACAAGCUCUCUGUGAUCUGUAUGACGUUGCUCAACGACUCCAAAAGUGAUGUGACGCCCCGCCAGAUGUAUCAAGUUGCCAAAAGCCAAGCGAAACAGGUCCUGCAAUUCGUCAAGCCUUAGAGUUAAGUUCCUUUUUUUUCCCUUCCCGUUUCUUCUUCUUUUUUUUUUUUCGCUUCUAACUGAAAUGUUUACGGUCUACACACCAGCACACACAGAGUCUCUGACAUAUGCGUGUGGUGGUGGUGGUGGUGGCGGCAUUGUAUAUAAACUAUGUGGGGGAGAGACUAGUGGGAAAAGCCAACGUGAUGAUGAUGCAACGUUCGGCUGGUUAUGGUUUGGUCUUUGGCUGUGUAUAUUAUUUUCACAUGAGCCGCACAAAAUACAUCCUCACUGCUUCCUCGA